AUGGGAGACGUGGACAUGGAGAUGGGCGACGCCGCGCCCGCGCCCGCGGACGCGCCGCUCGCCCCGCCGUUCGGCGGAGGCUCCGCGAAUUGGGGCGAAGAGGUGGAGGAAGCGCACGAGGCGUCGGGACGCAACGCGACCGUGCUCGAGAUCGAGGCGGACAAGGCGAGGAAGCGCGCGGAGCGCUUCGGGAGCGAGUACGUGGAGCCCAAGGGCGAGGCCCUCGCGCGCGGGCUCGGAAUGAGCCGGAAGGAGGUGCUCGCGAUGCGCAAGGCGGAGGCGAUCAAGAAGUCGCAGCAUCGGCGAGGAGGCGGCGCGCUCGUGACCGGGUUCGACAUGUUCGACCCGGCGGAGGAGGCGAAGCGCGCCGCGCGCGCGGCCAAGUUCGGCGAUCAGCUCGGGCUGACCCCCGAGCAGGUGGCGAUCCGUCAGCGCGAGGCGGAGGAGCGCGUUGAGCGCGCGAAGCGAUCGGCCGCCUACGCCGCAGUCGCCGCCGCGGGCGAUCUCUCUCUCAACGUCAGCGGCGGCGACCCGCAGGACGUGUUCGAGACGCGCGUGGACCCCGACCUCGACGCGCAGUGGCGCGCGGACGCGGUGCACCUGUACGGCGUCGAUCACAUGACGACGCAGGAGUGCAUGAACUACUUCGGCGAGUACGGACCGGUGUUCGUGGAGUGGAUCAACGACUCGUCGUGUAACGUGUGCUUCGACGACGAGCACACCGCGCGGCGGGCGAUUCGAAUGAAGGGGGUCGCCAUGGGCGCGGGCGCGAACCCGGACGAGCGCGGGGCGCUGCCGGAGGGGACGAUCGCGGAGAUGCUGUGGCACUCCGGGCCGGAGUUUCACAAGGACGGGAAGACGUUGGCGCUGUCGUUUCGGCUGGCGACGGAGGCGGACGUCAAGCCGGACGGGCGGAUCAAGUCGCGGCAGCUGUGGAUGAAGGACGGCGAGCGAAGGAGGAGCGGCGGGAAGCGACGACGCGGCGGCGGCGGCGGCGAUCGCGAGCGGCAUCAUCCGUACGGCGGCGGAGGCGGCGGCGACAGCGGCGGGAAACGCCGACGCGGCCGCGGGAGCUCCCGCCGCGGCGGGAUGCGAGGGUUCGACGACGACGACGACGACGGCGGCGUGAGCGACCUCCGCGCGCGCAUCAAGGCGAAGAAAGACGCCGAGGGCGGCGGCGGCGGCGACGACGACGCGGCGAUGGACGGAGCCGCGAACGGGGGUGGGGAGAACGCGGGGGGCGGCGACGCGAUGACGAUGGACGGCGGCGGCGCGGCGGCGACGGAGGGAAAAGCCGCCGUCGGGAUGUUCGCGGCCGCGACGAAAGCCGCGGCGGCGACGCGCGUGAUGCCGGACCCGUCGAACCCGUUCUUGGCCGCGAUGGCGGACCCGAAACCGCCGCCGAGCCUCGAAGAGCUCCCGGAGACGGACUUGAGGAAGAAGCUCGCGGCGUCGAGGGCGGCGGCGGCGGCGGCGGCGGCGGGCGGCGGCGGCGAAGCGGCCGCCGCGCCGGCGGAGGCGGCCAUGGGCGACGCCUCCGCGCCCGUGGUGUACGACGACGUGUGA